AUGACUUCUACGUCAACAGCUAUCAUGACAACUUCAAUGCCUACAUCUAGCAGAAGUUCAGUGUCAUCUUCUUCAAAAUACUACGGUAAAACUGCAUCAAAGGUAACAUUUUCUACAACAUCGCAACAAAACAUCCAUGUACAACCGACAACCGACAAAACAACAACUUUUUCGUCUACAUCUGUGAUUACAGGGAGAGUUUCUUCCAGUGCAGCAAACCCCAUUACAGCUUCUUUGAGCACAUCACACGAAAUGAGUCACUCAACCAAUUUUACUGCUAAGGAUAUUUCGAAAAAUGAAUGGGUGAGAAUAAAUGAUAAGUUAUUACUCGUUGUGGAACAAGAGGAAAGUUUUCCAAGUGCUAGAAAUACUUGUAUGAAUAUGGGUGCUGAACUGCUUGCAUAUUCCAAUCCCAUGCGAUUUUUCCAGCCAUCCAUUGACAAAAUACUGAAAAACAAUUCGUAUUGGCUUGGAGUAUACUAUGACAAGCUUGACAUGGAGUGCCCGAUCUUAUACAAUAAGAACAAUAUAAGCAGUUUCCAACUGGCCAACUGCAGCAACAAUAAUCAAUUCAUAUGCAGUAAGUCGAGCAAUGUAACUGACGAAGCCGAAAGUUUAGAGUUUGAAGAAAUGUUAAAAGAUAUGACUGUUGAAAGGUUAAAGACAAGUAAAACUAAACGAAAACUUGUAUCUGCAAGGGAUAAACGAAAGAGUUCUAAAAGUAUUGGAGCUUCUGGAAUAUUUAUUAUAUGUGCUGUUAUAGCAUUUUUCGUUUUGAUUGACAUAAAUUGGAGGCAAUGUCACUUUGUUAGAAGAAAUGCUUAGAUAUCAUGUAUAAAAAGUAUUAUUUUGCACUAUGUGCCCUCUAAACAACAUUUUGCUCAGCUGCGUAACCUGACAUAUUCUUUUUUUUAAAGCAUUGCAAGAUAAAAUAAA